CAAUGUUGAUGGCGCGCGUAAGUCGUACGCAGUAUAUUUUACAUUUAAUGUAGAAAAUUUCAUCCAGAUUUGUUCAUAUAAUGUCAAUUUAUUAAUUACGGUAGACACUAUAGUUUAGAUAAUUGCGGAUACGAAUGUACUUAUAUAUAACCUUUAAUUGUUCUGUGCAAAAUAAAGAAUAGUUUUAAGUAUAGUACUUCCAUUGUAGAUACAAAUUAAACCCGAUGUUUUUAUGGAUUGGAAAACAGCCAAACAUGUGACGCAAUGAAUAUAAAAGAUUAAGAUAUCUUUAUCGUGUACAGUAAUGAAAUAUUUUGCAUACUAUUUUUGUGUAAUAUCGUUAUAAGAAAUGUUAACUUCUGCAUUGAAUGGACGUAUUACAAAAUCAAGGUGUACUAACAAAAUAACCACUAUAUGACAAAUGUCAGAUUCAGUCUCUAAAUCAUUAAAAAAAAAUUGGGUUAAAAUGUUGUUAACUACAGUACCUACAAUAUCUACCACUUUAACUAAUAACUCUGGAUUAUUAAGUCCAAAUGAUGAAAUAAUAGAUGAAAAUCCAAAUAAAUUGAUAAACUAUUUACAUCAGAUUGCUGGUAAUUAUGAAAUAGAAUUAAAUGUGAUUAUGAAAGAUCAUUGCUAUGCUCGCCCAUGGAAUUGGAAGCCAGAAAAUGUUUAUGUUAAACCUGUUCGAAACCUUUUCUUUCCAAAAACUCAAAAUGCUAUUACCAAAGAUAAUGUAAAACAAGAGGAAUUUAUUAAUAUUGAAGACAGCGAUCUUGAACCUACUACACCCCCUUUUGACUUAACAAAAAUAAGACAAACUAUGGAUGAAUUUCAAAGAGUAGCUAAUUUUGUUAGAUCAGAAGACCCAGAUGAUUGGGAAGAAAAAAUUGAUAAAAUUCUUUGGUCUCCAGUACAAAAUAGAAUUUUUAGUAGAACUGUUAGAAUACUGAAUUCAGAAAGAGUAGCUAGACUAGCAAAAGUUAAUAGUCUUUAUGAACCAAUUUUACGACGCUCAUCGAUUGAUAUGACAUCUAAACGGUUUCGUGAAACAUUGGCAUCUGCUAAUUGGGAUUGGAGAAUUAGUCAAUGGUUGCACAGUUUAUUAUUUGAUUAUCUACCACAAGAAUAUUUGGCUAUUUACUUAGAUAUUCUGCAAACAUUAAGACAAAAGGUUCCUCAGCUUAUUGACAAAAUGAUAGCUGUACAACCUAAUAUCAAUUCUAAAGGUAGUUCUGUAACUUGGGAAACACUUGGACCAUUGUUAAAGAAGUCAUGGGAUCCAAUUGGUCCAGCAUUAAAUGCUAGCAGACCGAAAAAAUUACCAGGUAAUCCAAUUCUAAUUAUUGUUCCAAAUGGAAUGUCAAGUCUAAUGUCUUCUAGACAACAUAGAUGGAUUACACAAUUAGGAACAUUGGGUAUGGUUGUUACUGUCAAUCCUCACUUAGGUUUAAUUGCAAAUAAAAUGACUGUAAUAGCUGGUAUUGAGCAAUUAAUACAAGCCUGUAGAGCAAAAAUUCAAGAUAUAAGAGUCGACUUUCCUGGUAGACCAAUUAUUCUAGUAGGAUUUAAAACUGGAGCUGCGUUAGCUUGUCAGAUUGGUCAGCUAGAGCAUGUAACAGCUAUUGUUUGUUUGGGCUUUCCAUUUAAUACUGUAGAUGGUAAACGUGGCGCACCAGACGAUACUCUCUUAGACGUUCGUUGUCCUGUUAUAUUUGUCAUUGGUCAGAAUUCUAUGCUUGCAAGAGUGGAUGAUAUUGAAGAUCUUCGUGAACACAUGCUUGUUCCUACUAGUCUUAUAGUGGUUGGGUCUGCAGAUGAUUAUCUGCGUAUCCCUACUUCAAAAAAGAUUUCUGAAAAAAUAAGUCAAAGCAUGGUGGAUCGUUGUAUUCUCGACGAAAUUGGUGAUUUUGUAGGGGGUAUAUUAUUACAACCGCAUCCUCUACCCCUACGUUCACCUAAUAGUAUAAAUAAUUACGAGAGUAGAGGUAAAAGAGGAGAUGUAAGAAAAAGAAAGAAUUCAACAAGUAGUUCUGUAGAAAGCGAGCCACAAUCACCAAAUUUGAAAAAAUUAAGGUCUCACUCGCCUCAACAAGCUAUUGUAACGGCAAAUAAUAUUACAGGAAUUCAAGCAAAUGUAUUAACAAGGGGAACUCUUGUUGCUCUCACAAGCACAACAUCUAUACAGACGCCUAGAAAAAAAUCGAGGGCACCCUUUGUUAACCAAGGUUUCUCUGAUCAAUUGCUUACAUCAAGACUAACAACACAGCAACAAAAUCUGGACAAUUCAACGGGUGGAAUUACGUUGAAUAUCGGUUCUUUUGCUAGUCUAGCUCCAGUCGGUCCAAUAAGAUUUGAACCCACAUCAAUCAGUCUACAAACACCAGCAGCAAUAAAAACUAAUAAUACAUUAAAAGCAUCGAAUGCAUUUAUAAAAGUAUCCAAAAAUAGUCAAAUGAACAUUGCUGGAGCACAGAACAUUGCUAAAAUAAAGAUGAUCAUGCCAACAAAGAAAACUACUCAGCGUACAGUUGGAAAUAAUUAUAAGAACAUUAACAUUGGUGAUAAGACCAUAAAUAUGAAUAUGGUAAAUGUUCUAACUCCUACCACUACUGCACUUAGGAUUAAUCCAUCAGCAAAAACAGUUACAAAUCUAAAAGCUACUACUGGAAAUAUGAAUGCUAGUCCUUUACCAAGUAUCCAUGCAACAAAAAGUACAGUGAAUUCAAAUGGUACGAUAAUUGGAAAGCCUUUGUCAUCUUCAAGUAUUCUUUUUACACCUCAAAAUUCGUUUAUCACUUCAACUACAACAACAACGACGCCAACAACGCUAACUAAAGGUAGAACAUUAUCUAACCUCUGUAUAAAUGAGCAAGAAUCGGACACUUCUGUAGCCGAUUGCAACAAAAAGUAUGCGAUGUUCCACAGUUACAAUCAAGAUCAGUUACAGAGCAAGAAUAGUUCCAGUUCAUUAACAAGUUUACCUGAAAUAUCCAAAAUGAGAUUGUCAAAAAAUCAGGCCAUGUCUAAAAUCUCUUUACAGGAAUUAUCUAAGGUUUCGUCACAAUCUAUUGUACAGAACACUGAAAAGAAUUUCAAAAUUUGUUCACGUUCUAAUAAUUCAACUUUAGAAUAUAGUCCUACAUCGAGGGCUAAUUCGAAUGAAAACUUAGAUGACGAUUUAGGAAAUAUAUUAGAUAUUCCUAUUAUCAUUGCCAAAGAUGAUGAGAAUUUAAACAAUUUUGAUAAGUUGCCAGUACUCCCACAGACAGGAAUCACCUUGAAUUCUGAUGGAAAAAGUCUUCCAAUCAAUACUGUAGGAAAUAAAGUUGUAUUCAUAAACAAUAGAAAUAUUACAAGCUCAACCGAGUUUCAACAAUCACAACCCUUAAAUCAAAUUGUUCCAACACGUACAAAGAGUUCAGUUACAUUAAAUCGUGGCAUAUUAACAGCUUCAGUUCAGCCAACAAUCAAAUAUACUAAGAUUAUUUUAACGAAAAGAAAUGAUCAAGAGGACAAAAAUAGUUCAGUUAUUUUAGCAAAGACUAAUAAACAAAGUAAUAAACUUUUAGUUAUAGAUUCCAACAAUGAUAUAAAAUAUACCCAGGGAAAUACAAGAAUUACAGACAAUUAUUUAAAUGAAUCUAAAAAGUCAAUAAAGAUAGAAAAUUUGAAUAUAACAGAUCACCAGCAUGAUACAAAUAUUUUUAAUGUAAAACCGUUCAUUGAACUGAAAGUAGAAAAUAUUAAAAACUCUUAG